GAGGGAAUGAGGGAGGCAGGAGAAGAAAGAGAAAGAUUGACCAGAGACCUCAUCUAGCAGGCACACUUCCUUACUCAGUCACUCUCUCCUCUCCCGGUCUGGGACGUGUAGGACAGCUGUCUCUGUAGCUUUCUAUCAGACGACACUCCAUACACAAACAUGAUGCAUCGCAUCUUCCUCAUCUGCUUGAGUUCUCUGCUCCUCCUCCUCUUCCUCUCCUCCUCCGCGCUUUCGGAACCCCGCCGAUGGUCGUCAUCCUCACCACGCAGCAGGACCGCGCGCGCUCCGGUUUCCAAGGUGCGCCUGGCGGGAAACUUCGCCCGGGGACUGAACGAGGGUCGCGUGGAAGUGCUUCACAACAGCACGUGGGGGACGGUGUGUGACGACGAAGUGGAUAUCAAACUAGCCAAAGUCGUCUGCCGCGAGCUGGGCUUUCAGACCGGCAUCACGUGGGCGCACAGUGCCAAAUAUGGAGAGGGUGAUGGUCCUAUCUGGAUGGACAACGUGCGUUGUGACGGCACAGAGAAGACUGUGAAAGACUGUAAACAUAACGGCUGGGGUGUCAAUGAUUGCAAGCACUCUGAGGACCUUGGCGUGGUCUGCAGUCCGGAGCGACGACUGGACCAGGUCACGGAGUCACGUAAUGGUCAGUCAGUGGCCCUGCGUCCGGAUGUCAGCGUCUCGCCCCAGUGGCAAAGCAUCCUGGCCAGCCGCAGUAACCCCCGACAGGCCCAUCAUGGGAACGGACACCCUCCAGAGAGGCCCAGCCAGAGACAGCACCACUACAACCCGUAUUCCAGCAAGGUGCGUAUCCAGGAGGUGCGUCUGCGGCCCAUCCUGAUGCACACUAAGAAGCGGGCCCUGAUCACUGAGGGCGUGGUGGAAGUGAAGCAUGCUGGGAGAUGGAGGCAGGUGUGUGACCUGGGCUGGAACCUCAACAGCAGCAGAGUGGUGUGUGGAAUGCUGGGGUUCCCUGAGGCAGAACUACACAACGAAAGAACAUACAAGAAAAUCUGGGACACCAAGCUUGCUGAUCCAUCCACAAAGCUGAGCCUCAUGGCUAGUAAGAAAAGUUACUGGGUAGAGAAGGUUCACUGCCUGGGGUCAGAGACCAGCCUAUCAGAGUGUCACACUAAGCUGUCCAUCCCACUUAGCCCCUCCCCCUGUAAGAGUGGGAGACACGCUGUGGCGAGGUGUGUACUGGGACCACAGUUUGCGCUCAUGUCAUCUGGAAGACCCCAAGCACCCCACCCAAUUGUACCGGUGCGUCUGAAGGCUGGCCCCAGGCUGGGCGAGGGCCGUGUGGAGGUGUUGAAGGAGGGGAAGUGGGGUACCAUCGUAGACCACCUGUGGGACCUCAACUCAGCCAGCGUGGUGUGCAGGGAGCUGGGCUUCGGAACUGCCAAGGAGGCCCUCACUGGAGCUCACAUGGGACAAGGUACUGGUCCUAUCCAUAUUAACAGUGUCCAGUGUUUGGGGACAGAGAAGUCUAUCCUAGAAUGUAACUUCCAGGAUGCCCCUCUAUGGACGUUCAAACACACCCAGGACGCCUCAGUACGCUGCAACGUACCCAAGCUUGGCCUGGACAGCAUGGUGCGGUUGGCGGGAGGCAGGGAGCCAGGUGAGGGCCGUGUGGAGGUACUGAUGGAUGUAGGGGGUCGUAAGAGAUGGGGGUCAGUCUGCAGUGAGAACUGGGGGAUCAACGAAGCCAUGGUGGUCUGUCGACAGCUGGGUCUGGGAUUCGCAUCCCGAGCACACCAGGAGACAUGGUAUUGGGCUGGGGAUCCUAACGCAUCAGAGUUGGUGUUGAGUGGAACCCACUGUGUCGGAAAUGAGCUGUCAAUCCAACAGUGUCGCCGUAACAACCACAUCCACUGUCCCCGGGGUGGCGGGGCUAAGGCUGCAGGGGUCACCUGUUCAGAGACUGCCCCUGACCUGGUACUAGAUGCCCAACUGGUUCAGGAGACAGCCUACCUGGAGGACCGACCCCUACACCUGCUGACCUGUGCCAACGAGGAGAACUGUCUGUCGUCUUCUGCUGCCAGAAUGAACUGGCCCUAUGGACACCGCCGCCUGCUACGAUUCUCCUCCAGGAUCAUGAACAUGGGACGGGCCGACUUCAGACCUAGAGCUACCAGGGAGUCUUGGACCUGGCAUGCGUGUCACAGGCACUACCACAGCAUUGAGGUGUUCACCCACUAUGACCUGCUGACUCUGAAUGGGACCAGGAUAGCAGAGGGACACAAGGCCAGCUUCUGUCUGGAGGAUACAUACUGCCCUGAAGGUCUGCAUAAGCGUUUCUCCUGCUACAACAUGGGCGAUCAGGGCAUCUCAGUGGGCUGCUGGGAUACGUACCGCCACGACAUCGACUGUCAGUGGAUCGACAUCACCGAUGUUAAGCCUGGAGACUACAUAUUCCAGGUGGAAGUCAACCCCUCAUUAGACAUGGCUGAGUCAGACUUCCAGAACAACGUAAUGAGAUGUCGAUGCAAAUACGACGGACACAGAGCGUACAUGUAUGGAUGUCACGCAGGUGAUGCGUACAGUGCAGAGAUUGAGGACCUGUUUGAUCACCAAAGGCAGAUCUCCAAUAACUUUGUCUAGGCCCAUCCAGGGCCCAGCGUUGGCCCAGGCUGGUGCCCAGCAAAGAGGGCUCAGAGCCGGGGCCAAAACUGCUCAGGGUGCCCUGGGGUCUGGACGUCUGGUGGGUCAUGGGACUCCUGCCCCACAACACUAGGGGACUCACAAAAUGGCACCUGUCCACUGCCCUUACCUGCUGUGGACUACACUACCCAGAAUAAACCACAACUAGGAGACCAUCACCAUGACUAUCGCUUUCGAUCCCAACAGCCAAUAGAAACUGAGAGCAGGACAGAUGUCACCAGGGAAACCAAAUGAUUUCAGUUAACAAUGGAGGGUUACAAUGAUAUGGAUUCAAUCAACGUUUAGGUAUUUUGUUACUUUAUGAAUGUGGGCUACUAGUAACUUAGCUACUCAAAAUUUCUAUGAAUUAAUUAAUUUCAAUUAAAGUUAUUAUAACAUAUCUAACAUACCAACCUGAUCAAAGAGCAUUUCGUAUGAUUAUGUAUGUAAAUCCCUGAUACUCAUUUUAGUAUGAUAUGUUACAUUUCGUAUGGUAUGUAUCAAUUUGAGGAUGUCCAUCACCCAUUUCAUAUUUUAUGUUAUGAAUUUUCUAAAUUCAAAACAGGUGACGAAUUUACAAAACGGAAUUCUAAAAGGAAUUCUAGUAAAGUGGCUAGCUGGCUAAUGUUAGCUAGCUGGCUAACGUUAGCUAGCUGGCUAAUGUUAGCUAGGCUAGGGCUUAGGGUUAGGGGUAUGUUUAGGAGUUAGGUUAAAGGUUUUAAAGUUAGGGUUAGGGGAAGGUUAGCUAAAAGGCUUAAGGUUAGGGGAAGGGUUAGCUAAAAGGCUUAAGGUUAGGGUUAGGGGAAGGGUUAUCUAACAUGCUAAGUAGUAGCAAAGUAGCUAUAAGGUAGUAAGUAGUUAAAAAGUUGCUAAUUAGCUAAAAUAGUCAAAUUGACUGUGAUGAGAUACAAACUCGCAAACUUUGGGUUGCUAGACGUUUGCGUUAAUUGCCUACUGAUCCACCCUGACCAACCACCCAUACGCCCACCUGUCCACCCCAACCAACCAUCCUACUUUCCUUUUUGCCUUAAGUAACCAUCUGUCUUAUGUAACCAUACCAAACGUAACAUAUCAUACUAAUAUGAAUGUCCUGGAUUUAGGUUUACUAUGUUACGUCUAGUCUAUGAAAACAGGCUGAAGAUAUGGAUGAUCCCGUAUGCCAAUGUCCCAGGAAAGGGGAAUUACUGGAAAGAGUUCUGUGUUAUCUGUUUGACUGAUGGUCUGUCUAGACAGUGUCUCCUACAAUAUCGGUGCUGUUUGAUCAAAUCUCAACCUUCCAGUAGACUUUAGCGGUCUGCAGUUUUUUGGUCCAUAAACAGGGAUUAAAUAAAACCAAGAGUGUUCUUGAGUGGACCUCAAGGCCCGAGUUUGAAUAAGUAGUUGGGUAUGAACGUUUGUCUUAGUUUUUACUAUUGAAUUAGUUGUUUUACUUUCUGCAGGUAUUGCCAAACUCUGAAAAUAAUUAUGAUAUACUGUAGCUACAGUAGAUCUGAUACAUCAAAACAAAUAUAGUUUAUUUAGUUAACAUUUCUCUCUUCUUCGGUUAUAAAAUUACUAUAACAUGAGGUCAAAUCAUUUUCAUGGGAAAAUUUAUCUAUUGAACUAAUAUCAGUAUUUAGAAUUUUGACCAAGUCCCCCCUCCAUAGUUUAAUAUGAUCAGUCAUAAAGUGCACGGUUACCAUAUUAGGACAGCCUAGUCCUUCUGUGACUGAGGCUGUCCUAAUAUGUACACCGUAAUGUUUGCUUUUGUGACGUUAUCUCUUUAUACCUGCCAUGAAAAUGUUACUUUUGAUGCAGUUCACUGUCUGAUUUGCUGUAGUAACUGAAUUGCAAUGCCUUUGGUGCUCAUUUUGUCAUAACAUGUAAUGUAUCGUAUAUACUGCAGUUAAUUUAUUCAAGGCUACCAUUUGCAAUACUUUUUAUAUUGAUUAAAUAUAUAAAACAA